AGAAAAAAAGCUCCAAGCAUGCUUGGCUUUUUCCCCUGGUUUUUACCCUACCUUUACUUUCAUUUUUCCUCAGCCUCAACCGAUAGACAGUCAGCUCAGAGGAUGUAUAGGAGACUUUCUCAGGACAGUUCAGGACCCAGAUCUGAAUGUUCGCCGAGUGGCUCUAGUUACAUUCAACUCUGCAGCUCACAACAAGCCGAGUCUAAUCAGAGACCUGUUGGAUCAAAUACUUCCUCAGCUCUAUAAUGAAACUAAAGUCAGGAAAGAGCUCAUCCGAGAAGUUGAAAUGGGUCCAUUCAAACACACGGUGGAUGAUGGCUUGGAUAUCAGAAAGGCCGCGUUUGAAUGUAUGUACACGCUUCUCGACACGUGCCUUGACCGGCUGGACAUCUUCGAGUUUCUUAGUCACGUGGAAGACGGGCUUAAAGAUCACUAUGAUAUCAAGAUGCUGACGUUCCUGAUGCUAGUGAGGCUUUCGUCGUUGUGUCCAAAUGCUAUUCUACAACGUGUGGAUAUCCUCGUGGAACCUCUACGUGCGACGUUACAAACUAAGGUGAAGGCAAAUUCAGUUAAACAAGAAUUCGAGAAACAAGACGAGCUUAAACGAUCUGCGCUCAGAGCUGUGGCUGCGCUGCUGUCGAUUCCGGACAGUGAUAAAAGUCCAUUGCUCAGUGAAUUCCUCGCACAGAUCAAGUCCAGUCCCGAGUUGUCCUCCAUGUUUGAUUCCAUUCAGAGGGAUGCCGGCUCCGCAGAGUCCAUGGAUACCAGCUGAAUAUCCUGACCUUGUGUGACGAUAUCAAACGACAAAGGAAAAAAAAACAUUAAACAAAAACGAUAUCCCGCUACAGGGAGAUGUAGUGCAGUAUCGUGUUCAAACGAUUCGUAAUUCUCUCUGCGCAAAGGAAAUAAGGCUGUUGAAGACUGUUGUAAUUCGCCUGACUUGAUAACACUUGAGCCAUUUUAACUCUUUCAGUCCCAAGUUGAAAAUGUAAAUUCUCCUACUCUCAGCCAUACAGUUCUUUUAAUAUCAGUUCAGAGAAUUUGAUUAUACAUCAAGGCUAUAUCACGUAGUUGAUGAUUUUCUUUGUUCUCAUCACCUGUUUAAUGGAAAUGUAUUGGUGAUUUAAUGAGAAAUGAGAGUUUGAUCAUUCCUGGGAUUUAAAGGGUAAAGAAGCUAUGUCACGUUACAGCUUGCGAUGUUAAACUAUUAAACUUUAAAUCAAAGCAGACUGAAAAAAUAUCAGUUUAUUAUGGUAGAAAAACACUAAAGAGGUAAUAAGUAAACAACCACCGCCCCCCCCCCAAAAAAAAUGGCUAGUGUUGAGAAAGACUAAGAAUUUAAGACGAACCUGAACAAGACAAAUGCGUUAAUUUUUCAAGUUCUACAAUUCGUAACGUAGCUCCUUUUAUCCCCAGCCCUGAUCAAAACCACCUUUCUCCUUACCUUUGUAAUGAAAUUUUCCACCAAGCAAGUCAGGGGAAUAAAGCAUAUCAUCACUUGU